AUGACGCCGCCUCGCCGUCGUUCGGCCCGGUUGGCCAGCGCGAACACGCCCAAGCCCAAGGCCAAAUCUACUCUGUCCUCUGUUGCUGAGCGCGAUGAUACUCCUCCUUCUAAGAGUGUCGCUGAAAGUUUGAACGCUCUCGUCGUUCCCAACCACGAUCCCGCCACGCCUUCUACCUCCGCCGAACUCAAGGCUCCGCUGUCUGAAAUGCACCCAAGCAAGGUUCAUCCUACUGUUGCACCUCCCUCGGCUACCUGGCUCGGCUUCAGAGACAUGAAGCCCUCAGACAAGGCCACCGACCCUCAGGCUACGCCGUCCAAGACGACCGGCGUGCCUGAGUCGCCCUUCACCUUCCGCGUCACUCAGCCUUCUGGAGACAGCGGCUUGAGCAGCGAUGCUCAGAAGAUGAUGAACGAGCUGCGCGAGGAAGCCGCCAGAAUCAAGGCUGACUUGAUUGCCAAGCGCGAACUGGAGCGGGAAGACGAGGAGCUGAACGGACGAAAGAUUGCAACCGCCAAGGGCAAAUCCAGCCGCUUCAGCGCUGCGCACAUGGCUGAGUUCAAGAAGAUGGACUCCAUCGAAGGUCAUGCCUCGUCCUUCCGAGCUCAACCUGGAAGGGUGACUCCUCUCAAGAGCUCACUCAAACGAUCCCAGUCCAAGGCCAAUCUGGAGGAUACACCUACUCAUCCCAACUCUAGCCUGAAGCGUUCUCCCUCCAAGGCGAACCUCGAUGACACCCCUACUCACCCGAAGUCGAUUCUGAAGCAGCCUUCUAAGCCGAACCUGCUGGCAGCUGGCACGCCCAGCCAAAAGUCCAGCCUCAAACGGUCUCCCUCCAAGGCCAACCUGGAUGAUGUGGAAUCCAACGAUUUCAAAAAGACUUCGAUCGGUCCCAGAGCUCGUAUCUUCGCCCUUAUCGAGCCCCCUUCCUCUGUCAAGCGCGUACGCCAGAGAUUUGAGGACGACACCUCGACGGCCCGGCCCGUGUCUCGUGAUGGCAGCUCUCUUCCUCGUCCCAAGUCUUCUAGCGGAACCGACGCUCCAUCUGGUCUCCGGUCCCAGCCUAGUCUGACUUCCUUGGUCAGCCCCACCAAGUCUUCCCUUGCUCGCGCUUCUGGGAGCAAGAUGCCUCUGCCUAGCUCGCUGGCAAAGUCUUCCAGCAAGCCCGAUUUGAGAGGUCUUGCUAAAUCCCCUUCGAAAGCUGAGCUUGGAAGCCUUCGAAAGUCGCCAUCGAAGCCUGAACUGGGUGCUCUCACAAAGUCUGCCACGACCAACAAUCUGGGUGCGUUGGAGAAGACGGCCGAGCUGAAACGCCGGAUUGUGAGCCCUGGACGAUUUGAAAGGGUCAAGUCCAUUUUGCGCGGUGGAAAGGGAGCCAUUGACAAGCCCAAGAGUGCCAUUCCUCAGCCUGCCGCCGGCACUUCCCAGACACCGGCACCUCAGCCCGCGGAGAAAUCGGUUCCCGCGAUUCCCUUCACUACCCCACGACGUAAACUAUUCAAGAGAGUCGAGUUUACUCCGGACACUCACCGCGCUGCCGAUGUCCCGAACACUGUCGCCCAUAAACCAUUCUCUGCCGUCAGCCCCAUCCUCAAGCAAGGCGAGGUUCACUAUCCGAACCUUGAUGCUGUUCUCGGAAAUGUCACCCAGAGAAAGAAGGACGACGGCUUAUACCCCGAUUUGACGGUUGAAAGCCCGUCUACGAGGGUAGACGAGUCUAGCAAAGCUCUGCCUCCGACUGUUCCCGGCACCUUUACGUUCCGCAGCGAUCACACCAUUCGGUUUGGUAGCGCCUCUCCUACCGGCUUUGGCUCGACUGCUGGACAAUCCAGCAUCCGUCAUGUGCGUAGGUCUCUCGACAUGCCGGGUGGCUUUCCUCCCGCCUCCGACACGCUGUCCAACAAGGAGAACCGGUCUCCCAUGCAGUUCCUUGCCGGAAAGCCUCACGGCAUGUCCAAUAAGAAACGCGCUCGAGCCCGCGAGGAGGAGGGGGACCUCGAGGAGGCCUCGGGUGAGAGAGCUGGUAAGAGACGCAAGGCGGAGCCUGUCCCUGAAGGUGACGCUCUGCUUGCUCCCAGACUAGUGGGAGCUACACCAAACACUGUCGGCAAAAAGGCUCAGGCUCCCCGAGUGUUCUCGCCGAGUCCUACGAAGAAGCGCACUGGUAUGAGCUUGAGCCGACUCAACAUGCUCGCAAAGCCCAAGUCUAUCCGGUCUACCAGCCGAGAGUUAUCAUCGCUGCGCCGGGUGAUUGGUGAAUCACACGAUGGAGGCGAAGAGCACCGCGUGCCGCGUGAUUCCACAGUCUAUGUGUCUAUGGCUGACCCUUUGGGCCGGCCCGCGUUCAAACCCAGCCCAACGAAACCGAUUCCAACAUGGAUGCAGCCAUAUAAACAGGCCAUAAACCAGAACAACGAAGAGUGGUCAGAAGGAAGCGUGAUAACACAACCUCUGCUUGGCUAUGCCCAGACACCAGCAACAUCAAUGUCCGGCAGUUCGACUACAGAGACAACAAGAUCACUUACACCAACCUACCCGCAAACUUCAUCGCCGCGAUCUUCCUCCACCACACCCCAAGUUUGGAGUCCACCAGAACUAAAACGUGCCCAACCCCUUUCCUGGGUAAGCCACGAGCCGCUCAAACGUCCGUCUUCUCGCCUAGCAGCCCGCCUUGAGAAGUCUGGCACAACAACAUCGUCAGGAUAUGUGACACCUCCUGAGACGCCCACCGAACAAACAUCGCGGUACAAAACGCCGCCGCCGCAGCUCAGAAGUAUCCGCCCUCGGAGCCUGCUGGCACCAGCGCGUAUCUCACGGCCAAAUGCCUUCCGCCGGACACCACCGCCUCAGUCAUCCGAGUACUUGGAACGGUACAACCCGAUACGGUCCCCAUCACCGCGGCCUCCCACUAGGGAGUUGGCUGUUGUUGCAUUGAGGCGGGCAAGUCGUGCUGGCCCGAGUCUAGGGUUGACUCGAGAAGCAGUGGAGAGCAAUGAGAGCAGAAGUAAAAGAGAAAGGGAGAGACUCACAGUUGACGGGGCUGACUCGCCUCAUGAAGGAGUGAAGAAAAAGAUGGUUUGGAGGAGAGUCUUUGGCGCGAAGUGA